CCUUUCCCUUCUUUUUUUUUCUCUCCCCCCGCCUCCUUCUAAACGACACCCUCACAGAUAUCCCACCAUGACGACCCGGUCUAUCCAUGUCGUACUCAGUGUGGCGUGGCAGGAUGCCGGAGAUACCACGCGAGCCAUUGCCAUGGCCAUUGCCUUCCGCGACAUGUGCCCGCCGGAUGUCGAGCUGAAGAUUGACUUCCUGUCCUGCGGUGCGCGGUUCGAGUAUCAAAUCACCGACGCUGGCUUCAACAUUGUGCCCGCCCAGCCCCGCGUCAAGGGUAUCUCAGUCGCACACGACCUGGGCUGGGACUGGCCCGAAUUCUUUGGUUCCGAGGAGAUUGCCAAGUCGUUUAUCGACGGCCAGCUGGCUGCUUUCCGCGAGCUGAAGCCCGACAUUGUCUUCCAUGGUAUGUGGGCUCCGGCCUCGAUUGCUGCACGUCUGCUCGGCAUCCGGACCAUCAACUUCUUGCCCGUGCCACUGCACCCGGGAGCCUUUGCCCAUGGCUUGAUCAGGGAUCUCCCCGACGUGAUGCCGCUCUUCACCCGUCUUCCUCGACCAAUCCGCCAACGGGUGGCAUGGUGGGCUAGCGGCUUGAUGAUCAAGGCCCCCAUCUUCCAGCAGAAGCGGCUUGGAGCUGCCGCCGCCGCCGCUGGCUGGCACAACAAGGGCCCCAUUUCGCUCUUCGACAUGAACAUGGCCGACCUCAACCUGGUCAAUGACCAUCCAGUGUUCCACCAGGAGUACCUGCACCGCAUCCCCAAGAACAUUGUUCUGACAGGCCCGCUGUACGCACGCAGCGACGCAAAGCUCGAUGACGACAUUGCACACCAUCUCACAAAGGGACCGGGCCCAUCCAUCCUCGUCACCAUGGGUAGUUCCGGCACGGAAGAGUUCCUGUUCGAAGCCAUCAAGGCCCUCAACAUGAGCCCGGACGACAACUGGAACGCCGUUGUGCUGGCCUCGAAAUCCAUCUGCGACAUCGACAAGGCCAACGAGAUCGCCGCCGGUGACGCACGCCUGCUGGUGACGGACCGCUUUAUCCCCGCGUCUGCCGCCAACUCUCUUGCCGACCUCAUCGUCACCCACGGAGGCCAGGGAACCGUGCAAUGCGCGCUGGCGGCCGGCAAGCCCAUUGUGGGCGUUGCUCUGCAGGUGGAGCAGCAAACGAACCUCGACAACGCCAUGAAUGCCGGCGCCGGUAUCCGUGUCCAGAAGCAGCUGUGGAAGGCCAAGAACAUCCGCAACACCAUCCUAUCCGUCAUGAAGGACCCCUCGUACGCCGCCAACGCAAAGAUCCUGGCCGACAAGCUCAACGCCAUGGACGGCGCCAAAACAGCCGCUGAAGUCAUGUGGAAGUUUAUUCUCGAGGAGCAGCCCGAGAAGGUCAAGUCGUAGAUGUUGCUGUCAGAUUAAGGUUUAAGCGGGAAGCGAGGGAGGGUGGUAGGGGGGGGGGGGUUGUGCUCUUAUGAUAUCAACUAUAACCCGGAAAUUUUUAGAAGCAUCGGGGGGAUCCAAG